AUGAAGUCUGCAGUUGUUGUGGCAGCUGCCAUUGCGCAGCUCGCUGCUGGUCAAGCGACGCUGAACUACGACCAAAUCACCAAUGCAGCAGCGCCGACUGCCACCGCACCCCCUCAGGUGGCCUCGAUCGACUCCGCUGCAAUCCAGGCCUCGUUGAGCUCUGUUCUCACUGCUGUUGAGGCGAGCUACACUGGUGUUCCGGCCAAGUUCCGUCUGAAGCGUGAGGCUGUGCCCACCUUCGGAAAACCCAAGCCCAUCGGCGGUACCAACCCCUUCGAUCCUGUGGACGAGUUCUGUUACUUCUUCCCGUGGAAGUGCUCCAAGCCCGAGCCUGAGCCUCAGCCUGAGCCAUCCAAGCCCCAGCCAGGCAAGCCAAGCAAGCCAACAACCACCUACCACCCUACCCCCACCGACAACCCCGCCCCACCACCAAAGGACGACAAGUGCAACGCCCAGCCGAUGGGCGCUGGCCCAGCUGUCCAGCCCGACACUGCUGAAGCCUUCACCUCUUUCCCAGGUUUCAGCGCCGCGGCCAACGCUGCCCAGACUCCUUCUGGAUACAAGCAGGUCUUCAAGAACUUGAACGCCGCAUACUCUGGAUACUCCUACAUCACCUACACCAACCUCAACAGCUACGACCCCAAGGCGUGUGCUGAUGCUUGUGAUGCAUACAAGGGAUGCUCCAGCUUCAACGUCUACUUUGAGCGUGAUCCAACUCUUGCUCCUGGCCCCAACUGCCCGAACCCACCAUCCACCACCAACAUCCGCUGUGCUCUUUGGGGAAGCGCCAUUGAUGCCGAUGGUGCAACCAACAACGGCGAAUACCGCGAGAAAUUCCACGUCGUGAUUACCGGCAGCAACGGCUACACCAAGCCCGGUGCCCCAAUCGACGUCCCACCAUACUACCCACCAGAGAAGUGUCCCAACGGCGCCAUCGGCGACAAGGGCAAGCCAUGGUUCCUCGCAGACCACUUCUUCCCAGGAUUCUUCGCCCCAGAGCUCUGCAAGGUCUUUGCGGAGAUUCAGCUCGAGAAGAACAAAGCCGAUUCCAUCGCCAAGAAACUCGACCACUACUCGCCUAUCAAUGGUUACAAUGUCUUUGAGCUCUGGGAGGAGGGCAAGAUGAUUGGUACUUAUUGCAAACUUUACACGGAGCCUUUGCCGGUGGGUUACGCUGAUUACAAGGGUGAGACUAAGUUGGAGAGACUUUGGGAGGUGAAGAAUGCGUGGUUCUAUAAGCUUCUUAACAAGGACUUUGGAAAGUUUUAG